AUGGGCUGUGUAUCAUCCAAAUCAUUCAGGAAAGAUCUGAAACAAGAGAUUUUGGUUGGAAAUGGAGACUACAACCACCAUGUUGUCUCUCUCACUUCAAGCACUUAUGGUGUUCUUAAACUUGACGAAGAACCACCACCACCACCACUACCACCAUCACCACCCAUCAAAGAAUGUGUCAUUGAAUCGAAGAGAUCGCCACCUCGCGAAGAACCAGAGAUAGUUAAUGCUUGGGAGCUCAUGAAAGAUCUUGACGAAGAAGUACCCAUUUGGAUUCAAGCGAAGAAAAACCCCAAAUCGAGAGGGUUGCUUCAUGGGUUUACAGACAUGGAUGCUAGUAGAAGUCCUUUGAAGUUUUUGAAUCAUAUGGCUUCCCCAAAGAAGUUCAAAAACUUUGGAGGCAAAGAGAGCCAGAGACGGAUCAAUGGCGACUCGGGACGGUUGGAUUAUAGCCCGAAAAGGGUCUUGAAAGAGUGUAAUUUCCCAGAAAAUUCGUCGAAGAUUUCACCAAAUUCGAGAAUUUCAAUGAGGGGAAGUCCAGAUUUGAAAUGUGAUGGAUUGAGGGUCGAUUCAGAGGUUGUUUCAUUGAGGCGGCAGAGUUUAGACCCACUGUUUGAUCCAGAACUUGUUGCGUUUUUGGAGAGAGAAAUGUCCGAAAAGGAAGAACAGAUCAAGAAAAUGGUUUCAGCGACACCCAUUACACCAAAAUCCAGAAAUUCACAGGAUUCAGAAUCCAAUUCAAAGUUGUUUCAGAGCGAAUGUCCUCAAGGUGUUGAGAAUGGAGUUGUCAUAUACACCACCACAUUGAGGGGAAUCAGGAAGACAUUUGAGGAUUGCAACAUUGCACGAUCGGUCAUCGAAUCACACCAUGUUCAGAUGUUUGAGCGUGAUGUGUCGAUGGAUUCGGGGUUUAAGGAAGAACUGAGGGGAUUAAUGGGCACAAAAGAGGUGAAAGUUCCAGUGGUGUUUGUGAGGGGAAGGUUGAUUAGGGGAGCUGAUGAAAUUGUGAAGUUAGAGGAGGAGGGCAAAUUGGGGAAUAUGUUUUGUGGAAUUCCGAGGGCGGUCGCCGCCGGGUGGUGCGAGGGCUGUGCCGGGGUCCAGUUUGUGAUAUGUAUGGACUGCAAUGGGAGUUGUAAAGUGGUGGGGGAUGAUGGGAAGAUGACAGUGAAGUGUGGCGAGUGCAAUGAGAAUG